UUUGAUGACGAUGUUCCUGCAGAUGACUCCAGUUCCAGUACCACACCUCUGUCUUUCCAGGCACUGACUCAGCACCACUUCAGCCUGGACGAUGACGUCGUCCCCUCGUCUUCCUCACCCAGCACCAGUAUCAGAACAGCUUCCUCACCCAGCAGCACAGCUCAGUGGAGCAGGUCUUCCCUACAUCUUACACCACCUUCGUCUCACCUGUGUGCACCAGGCUGUCUGAAUAUGAGGGACCAUCAGCCCAUCCGCAGGUGCUCCUCUCUCACCAAGUUGUCCUCUGGGACUGAGAGCAGCUCUGCAAAGACAUCAGGCUGUCAGUAUAAUCCAGAUUCACAAGGCUCUCUGGACAGAGGUCUGUUACAUGGCUACAAAAAGGAGCCUCUUGGCUCUAACGUGGACCUGUAUUUACCUCUGUGCUCCUCACUGCACUGCCACAGCCUGCUGCAGCGCUCACCAGGUGCUGCCCCCUGCUGUCGCUACAACCCCAGCACUAGAUCCAGCAGUUUGUCCCUCUCCUCAGCUCUGUCCUCCCCAGUGAGACACAGCAGUCUGGAUAUGAGCUUCAGCGCAUCAGCUGAGGAUAAACGGGGUCAGAGUGGGGUGCAAGUGUACGGCUUAAGCUUAUCAAAACAAGCAGACUCACCUGUGGCUCCUCCCACUGACAGAAGCUCGCCCAUCCAACCUGCUCUGCGCACACAGAUGUGGCUGACGGAGCAGAUGGAGUACAGACCCAGAGCAGAGAGAGCCAGAGGAACACAGGGCUGUAGUGGAGACGGGCUUUCGUCAUGGCAACCAGGACUACAGCAGGAACCAGGGCUUAACCAGAUGCUGAUGACAAGUGGUCUUCCUGUUAACUCUCUGGUGAAGGUUAAAGAGGGGCUUCUGAGACAGAGAGAACUGGAGAUUAACAGACAAAAGCAACAGAUCUUGCAGCUCCAUGCUCGGAUCAGAGAGAACGAGCUCAGAGCUCAGCAGGUGCUGUUGAGCCACAGAGGGUGGUUUGACCACGCCCACAUCCUCAACGCCAAGGAGGCAGUAGUGAGGUCUGACAGGCUGUGUGCUGAUGAGGAGCUUGGCAGGAAGUUAGCAGCGGCUGAACUGGAGGUUCUCCAUCUGAACGACUUAUACAAGCAAGUCACACAGAAGUACACAGAGGACAUCAGGAAACUGCAGGAGAAGAUAAAAACCAGAGAUCGCUACAUCAGCAGUCUGAAGAAGAAAUGUCAGAGAGAGAGUGAACAGAGCCAAGAAAAACAGGAGCGAAUAGAGACGCUGGAGAAAUAUCUGUGUGACCUGCCCACACUGGAGGAGGUGCAGGCCCAGGCCCAGCAGGUACACACACACACACACACACACACACUCUGUCUGCACAGUUUUAUCAACACAAGUACUGUGAAAAACAUCACAGUAACAUGCUGAUCAAACCCACAAUUCACACAGAAACCAGCAAAUAUUCACAUUCUAGAAGCUGAAAAAAAAACAAACACUCAAACAGAUGAAUCCUUUGUCAAAAAAAGACCUUUAACUUAGUAAUCACUUAGUAAUGGAAUGGUGACCUGUCCAGAGUGUGACUCCGCCUUUUACCCUGUGUCAGUUGUGAGUGGCUUUAUCAUGUGGAGGAAACAGUGGUAGAAAUGAUGGAUAUGUGUGAUUAUCUAAGAC